GGCGGGGAAGCUGACCCGCCCGCCCGCGGGAGCCGCGCCGGGAACAGAUCCUGCCCUCGGGCUGCGGACGCUCAGCCAGGGCCAUGCAGAACCCACUGACCAUUCCAGUGCCGGUGCCAGUGCUACGCCUCCCUCGGGGCCCCGAUGGCUUCAGCCGAGGCUUUGCCCCUGAUGGACGUAGGACCAUCCUGAGACCAGAAGUCGGAGAAGGUCAUAUUCAAGAUCCCCCAGAGUCACAGGACCAGCGGGCCCGAGCCACUCUGCGGGAGCGCUACCUCCGCAGCCUCCUAGCCAUGGUGGGGCACCCUGUGAGUUUCACGCUGCACGGAGGUGUACAUGUGACCGCCCAGUUUGGAGCCACAGACCUUGAUGUAGCCAACUUCUAUGUUUCCCAGCUGCAGACGCCCAUAGGUGUGCAGGCCGAGGCCCUGCUUCGAUGUAGUGACAUAAUUUCCUAUUCCUUCAAGCUGUAAAACUGCUGUUUUCCUUGUGGGCACUGCCAGAGCAGCCCGGGUCUCAGCGCCUUCCUGGACUUGCAAGGCGAUCUCCAGCACUCUGGCUUUGAACUCAGAAGACCUCCAAACCAGAGAGUGCCGGGUGCAGGAUGCUGAUAACCCUGGUUUUCAAGAGGCUGAGGUGGGAAGAUCAUAAAUUCAAGGCCAGGCUGUGCUGCAGUGGGGGACUGCAACCACAGACAUUCUAGAUCUCUCUUGUUGAAAGGAAUGGUCUGUGUCACAAACUGAAGUUUACAGAAAUAAAGUCCUGAGGCUUGGCCUUGCAGGCUGAGGGGUGUGUGCGUGUGCGUGCGUGUUUUUGAAGUUGAGCCUCUCCCCAAAUGGCUGACAUUCAUCUCUGCAUAAGAAAUU